UCACUCGGCAUCAGUCUACCAGCCUUUAUCCUCAGCACAAGACCUUCUCUCUGACAGGACCAUCGUCUUCUCUGGAAAUAUGGCUCUCUUUGCUACCCUGCUUGCCUUCACUCUCGUGGCCCAGAUCGGGGCCUUUGACUUGGGCCAGUCCACCCGCUGCGUGCCCAUACCUCGCCAGCUGAGUGUAUGUCACGACGUGGGCUACUCAGAGAUGCGACUGCCUAACUUUCUGGGCGACAGCAGCCUGGAGAGUGAGGUAGUACCACGCUCUGAUGACUGGCGUUCCCUGCUGCAGACAGGGUGCCACCCUCAGGCUCAGACCUUCAUCUGUUCCCUUAUUGCUCCUGUCUGUCUGGACACGUUUAUCCAGCCUUGCCGAAGUCUGUGUUUGGCUGUGAGGGACAGCUGUGCCCCGGUCCUGGCCUGCCAUGGCCACUCAUGGCCUGAAGAAUUGGACUGUGAUCGUUUCCCUGCUCAGGACGACAUGUGUCUCACCCCACUGCCCAAGCAUAUCAGCAGGUUCUCUAAAGAACUUCCCCAGCCUAUGUGCCAGACAUGUCCUCUAGUAGACGAGCUUCCUUCUCUGAAGAUGGUGAUGGAUGCCCUUUGUCUCACUGACUUUGCCAUUAAAGCCAAGUUGUUCCGUCGCCGUGUGGCCUCUUCAGAGCCGGAGCUGGAGGUGGAGGGAAAGGUGGAGUUCAUCCAGCGUGGCCCUCUGCUGCCAUACGACACCGCCAACCUGCUUCAGCAAUGGCUUCUGCUGAACCUGCGCUGUGCGCAUACGCUGGUGAAGCCUGGCCGCGCGCAGCUGUACCUGAUCACAGGCACGAUGCGCUCUGAUGGCACCGUGGAGCUCGCACGUCUCUUCCCCUGGCUAAAGAAGGACCUGCACAUAGCCGCCGCUACCCGCAAGUGGAAACAUCACAAGUGCUGAGGACAUUAUACACAGAGUUACAGAGGAGAGGAAGACCUUAAGGUGACGAGAAACUGUGCAGAAUGAACUGGUGUUUGAACAGGAGGAUGGUGCAGUGGUAGCACUGUGGUUAAGACGUUGGCCUACUGAUUGGAAGGUAAUGAGUUCAAAUGCCAGGACUGCCAAGCUGUCACUGCUGGGUCCUUUAGCAGGGCCUUCAACUGCUCAGUUGUGUAAAUGAGAUAAAUGUAAGUCGCUCUGGCUAAGGGUGUCUGCCAAAUACCGUAAAAUGGUUUUGGAGCUUCACUUCUCUCCUCUGGUUGAAAAUUUGCGCUCCGAUUUCUGAGCACAUGAAAUUAAUGCACUCCGAUAGUUUUUUGUAAAUAUCGAGCCUUUGAGUAAAGGCUUUGUAAAAAGAUAAUAUUUUCUAUCCAAGUAUUAGUGUAUUUAUGUGUGUCCUGUGGUGUUUGUAAGCGGAAUAUGAAUAAAUGUCAUCUAAAAAUA